UGCACUUCAUCAGAUGAAAGAAUAAAGGCGCUUUUCGACCAGAUAUAUAUUUAGCAGUAGUGUUGUUGCUCUUUGAUUGAUGUUGAUACUUUUAUGCAGCUAAUCAAAACGGCAUUCGACGAUAUCCAUGGAUACGUGCAAGCCGCCGGAUAUCUGGCGAAGGUGAACUGCUAAUGAAUAUUGAUCCUAGCGGUCACUGGACUCGUGUUAUCGCCAUGCCAUCAACAGCCGACAAAAUGUAUGUUGGUAUUGGUUCAAUGACCAGUAUAUCACCAGUGGGAGUAUAUAGAAGAAAACGAGGCGUAAUGAGAUCAGUCAUGAAAACUUUAACUAUAAAUCCAGCAGGAACGGAAAUUCGAGGAUCUGAUGGUACAGGAAUGAUAUUUGCAUCUUUACUGGCGGAUGACGUUGCAAACGGAGCUGGAAGAUCAGUAACACUGAUAAAAAUAGGUUUUGGAAUCAAAGUAACGUUUGUUGUGCCGAUUUGA